AUGGCUGCUUCUGAAGAGGACAACCAUUCUUCCGAAGUCCAAGUCAAUGGCUCCGAAAAUGCCGAACAGUCUGCAAACGGAGAUGCGCCAACCGCUGCUGAAAUGGAAGCCGCAGAUGGAGAGCAAAACGGUGAAACUGUCUUUGAGCUGAAUGUUACUCUACCCUAUGAGCCCAAACAAGUUAAGAUUAUGGUCUCUUCGCAAGAGGCUAUCCACGACGUUCGGCAAUCCAUUAUUGAGCUCCCCGGCACCUUUCAGUACUCUUGUUUCCACCUCGAACAUCAAGGCAAACGAAUCAACGACUUUAUACAACUUUCCGAGGUUGAUGGUCUAGUUGCGGACCCAAAACUUACUCUGAUCCAAGAUCCAUACACUGAGAAGGAGGCUAGAUUGCAUGUUGUGAGAAUUAGGGAAAUCAUUGGAGCUGCUGGCGACCGAACUGAUACCUUGCAUGGAAUCCUGUCGGGUGCCUCAUUAUUCGAUUCCGUAAACGCAGCUGCGAAGGAGUCCGAAGCCACCACUUCGGACGAGGCUUCAGAUGUCGCUGGAUAUGACUUCGAAGCACCUGGCAAAUUGACGAGUCUGCUCCCUGCGACCCAGGAGCCUCUACCCAAAACCAUAAAGUCGAUUUCAGUUUCACCCUGGAAUCCUCCUCCGUAUCAUCUUAGACAAAAAGGUCACCUCCUCUACCUCCUUCUGACCACCAACGAGGGAGAGCAACAUCACAUCACAUCCCACGUCUCUGGCUUCUAUGUCAACAAAUCAUCGAAUGCGAAAUUCGACCCAGCUCCUCGCCAAGCCCCAAAAGCGCACUCUGCGCAUUCUCUCCUGACAUUGAUUGGUGAGCUAUCUGGCUCUUUUCAAACUUCGUUUGAUGCUCUCCUUGAUUCGGGGAACAACAAAGAGCCUCUGGCGACUUUCCAAAUCACGAAUGCUGUUCCAGCUAGUCCAUGGAUCGUGCCCAGCACAUCAUCGCCUCUCGUGAACCACCAGAGUGACAUAACUCGAACCCAGGAGCCGUAUCUCAUUGCCGGCAUUGAAAAUGCCGACACUCUUCGUGAUUGGAAUGAAGAGUUUCAAUCGACCCGCGAACUUCCAAAGGAUAACGUUCACGAUCGCGUCUUCCGUGAACGUCUCACUUCCAAGCUCUUUGCGGACUAUAACGAUACCGCAGCCCGCGGCGCAGUUCUAGUCGCUCGAGGCGAAGUUGCACCACUAAACCCCACUGAAGGCCGUGAUGCUCAGAUAUUUGUUUACCACAAUGUGUUUUUCUCUUUUGGUGCCGAUGGAGUCGGUACUUUUGCUUCUGAGGGUGGUGAUGAAGCUGCUAGAGUGGCUACCGGCAAAGACGUGAUGGGUGUUCGUAUGGUCAACCAGUUGGAUAUCGACGGCUUAUUCACUCCUGGGACUGUGGUGGUGGACUACCUUGGUAAGCGUAUUGUCGGCCAGAGUAUUGUCCCUGGUAUCUUCAAACAGCGUGACCCUGGAGAAAACCAGAUUGAUUACGGGGCGGUCGAUGGCAAGGAUGUUGUGGCAGACAAUGAGCAAUUCGUUCCUGCGUUUGAAAAAUUGUCCAAAUCCUUACGGGUCAAGAAGCAUGCUGUCUGGGACAAGGACGGAAAGCGUCAUGAGCUCGAAGGAAGUGUUGAGACAAAGGGGCUCUUGGGCACGGAUGGAAGGAAGUAUGUUCUGGAUCUAUACAGAAUUACCCCACUGGACAUUUCUUGGAUGGAAGAAUUCGGCACAGCCAUCUCUAGUCCCGAAUCGAACAACGAGGAAGGAGCCUAUCCUCAUAGAAUGACAGUGCUCAGGCCUGAACUGAUAGACGCCUACUGGAAAGUCAAGUUGCGGGAUUGGGUCAAUGUACAGGUUGACUCGAAGCGCCAAGCCCACAAAUCCGCCUCGGAUACAACGAAAAACAUCGAGAAUGGUUCCGAGACAACACCAGAAGCUACAGAGUCCAAAGAUGAGACUGAAGGGGCCGAAGUAGCAGAAAAUGAGACCACAAAACCUGUGGAGGAAAACAAGGAUAGGAUUGAUGUCUCUGAUUUUGAUUUCCGAUUGAAUCCUGAUGCUUUCAGUGGUCAGACUCCUCAGACAGAUGAAGAAAAGGCGGAGAUGGAGAAGGACGAGGAAGAAGUCAAACUUGCCUGCAAAUUCCUCCGAGAGACCGUUCUUCCCGAGCUCAUCCAUGAUCUAAAGGAGGGCGAUGUUGGCUAUCCAAUGGACGGUCAAUCCUUUAGCCGCCUAUUGCACAAGCGUGGAAUCAACAUUAGAUACAUCGGAAAGGUCGCUGAGCUUGCUGAUGGUAAGCGAUUGGAAUCCGUCCGCAGCCUCGCAAUUCAGGAAAUGGUAUCCAGAGCUUUCAAGCACGUUGCAGGAAAGUACUUGCGGUAUCUACCCAUACCGUUGACAGGAUCCUGCAUUGCGCACCUCCUCAAUUGUCUCCUUGGGGCUGGAUUAAACCCAAAACCAACGGCUGACAUUGAUGCAAGCCUAGCUUCCUUGUAUUCGGAUGCCGAUCUGGCGUUUGAAAAAGUGACACCCGGAAGCUUGCGAGCGGAAAUAGCGAACCAGGUUCUCCGACGUUAUCAAUACACCGUUGAUCCUUCGUGGGCGUCCAACAUUAAGCCCGUACAGUUACUUCGCGAAGUAUCCUUGAAACUUGGACUCCAGGUUGAGUUGAAAGAGUAUCGAUUCUCGGCAGACCAGAAGCCCGUGGACCAGGCUGUGCCUGCUACGAAUGGGUCAAGUCCCAAAGAAAAUGGUGCAAACGGUCACAGCACCAGCAACAAAAAGAAAAAGAAGACUCGUGACGGGUCUCCUGCAGCCGUCGCCGCUACCCGUGCACCACAUACAUUUGUUCCAGAAGACAUCCAAAACGUGGUUCCAGUCAUAAAGGAAGCUUCCCCACGAAGUUCUCUCGCCGAGGAAGCACUUGAAGCGGGUCGCAUAUCCAUACUGCAAGGACAAAAGAAAUUAGGCCAAGAACUGCUCCUUGAGUCUCUUUCCCUGCACGAGCAGAUCUACGGUAUUAUUCAUCCCGAGGUGGCUCGAGUCUACAACCAACUGUCUAUGAUGUACUAUCAAUUGGAUGAGAAAGACGCUGCGGUCGAACUUGCCCGCAAAGCAGUAAUCGUCUCAGAGAGAACCCUUGGUGUGGACAACGCUGAGACGUUGCUCAGCUACCUCAACCUGGGACUUUUCUGCCACGGUAGUGGCGAGUCUAAGCUUGCGUUGAGCUACGUAAAGCAUGCUCUAGAGCUGUGGAAGGUCAUCUAUGGUCCUAAUCACCCGGAUUCUAUUACAACGCUCAACAACGCCGCAGUCAUGCUUCAAAAUAUCAAGGAAUAUCACCAGUCCCGCAUAUGGUUCGAGGCAUCUCUUAAAAUUUGUGAGGAUGUGUACGGCAAGAACUCAAUCAAUUGCGCAACUCUACUCUUCCAACUGGCACAAGCACUCGCAUUGGAACAGGAAGCUAAGCCAUCCGUCAACCGGAUGCGAGAAUCCUAUAAUAUUUUCCUUAGUGAGCUUGGUCCCGAGGACAAGAACACUAAGGAGGCCGAGAACUGGCUCGAACAGCUAACCCACAACGCUGUUGCUCUCGCCAAGCAUGCUAAAGAUGUACAAGCCAGACAGCAGCGUAUCGGUUUCAGAGUCUCACCUCGUGUAACACUUGGGCAAACACACCCACAACCGCCUGUCGGGCAGACAGCUCAAGCAGCAUCGGGCCGUGACCCGGCUAACGCCCGAGGACUCGAUUCCCGAACUAUCGAUGAACUCGUUCGAUUCAUCGAAGGUACUGAUGCAAAGGCAAAAUCGAAAAAGCGAACCGCUCGCAACCCGAAGAGACGAGGCAAUUCUACUUCGGCUUAG